GCGGGGGGGGCGGGGGGGGGGGAAAGACAGAGUGUGUGGCCUUGGGGACAACGACCCGGGCAGAGGGCAGGAGGUGACAUGGCGGCGGCAUCGGGGCAGCUGACGCAGACCCCCCUGCAAAAAGUGUGGGUCCCCCUUCGCUCCCACCGCUUGAGACGGGGGUCAUCGGUCCCCCAGUUUACCAACUGCCCCACCAUGGUGAUACUGGUGGGGUUGCCGGCCCGCGGCAAGACCUACAUCUCCUGCAAGCUGACUCGUUAUCUUAAUUGGAUUGGCAUGCCGACACGGGUGUUUAACGUGGGGCAGUACCGGCGCGAAGCCGUGCAGAGCUACAAGAGCUACGAGUUUUUCCGUCACGAUAACGAGGAGGCCAUGCAAAUCCGCAGGCAAUGCGCACUGGCCGCCCUCAGAGACGUCCGCACCUAUCUCAGCUCUCAGGAGGGACAAGUGGCGGUGUUCGACGCCACCAACACGACGCGGGAACGCCGGGCCCUGAUCCUGCAGUUUGCGAAGGAGAACGGUUACAAGGUUCUCUUCGUGGAGUCCAUCUGCGACGACCCCGCCAUCAUCGAGGAGAACAUCAAGCAAGUGAAGCUGAGCAGCCCCGACUACAAGGGCUGCGCCCAGGAGGAGGUGGUGGCCGAUUUCCUCCAGCGCAUCGAGUGCUACAAAGCCACCUACGAGCCCCUGGACGAGCAGCUGGACAGCGACCUGUCCUACAUCAAGAUCUUCGACGUGGGGGUGCGCUAUUUGGCCAACCGGGUGCAGGGCCACGUCCAGAGCCGCACCGUCUACUACCUGAUGAACAUCCACGUCACCCCCCGCGCCAUCUACCUCAGCCGCCACGGCGAGAGCCAGCUCAACCUGCGGGGACGCAUCGGGGGGGACUCGGGGCUCUCCCCCCGCGGGCAGCAGUACGCCCAGGCCCUGGCCCAGUUCAUCCGCAGCCAGAGCAUCCGGGACCUGAAGGUCUGGACCAGCCACAUGAAACGCACCAUCGAGACGGCCGAGGCCCUGGGGGUGCCCUACGAGCAGUGGAAAGCCCUCAACGAGCUCGACGCCGGAGUCUGCGAGGAAAUGACCUAUGAGGAAAUCCAGGAGCGCUACCAGGAAUUCGCCCUCCGGGACCAGGAUAAAUAUCGCUACCGCUACCCCAAAGGCGAGUCCUACGAGGACCUGGUGCAGCGGUUGGAGCCCGUCAUCAUGGAGCUGGAGCGGCAGGAGAACGUGCUGGUCGUCUGCCACCAAGCCGUCAUGCGCUGCCUGCUGGCUUAUUUCCUGGAUAAAAGCGCGGACGAGCUGCCCUACCUCAAAUGCCUCCACACCGUCCUCAAGCUGACCCCCGUGGCCUACGGCUGCGAGGUGGAAUCCAUCUUCCUCAACGUGGAAGCCGUCAACACCCACCGCGAGCGACCCCAGAACGUCGACAUCAGCCGUCCCCCGGCCGAAGCCCUGGUCACCGUCCCCAAGCAUUACUGAGAAGGUGGGGGGGCCCCGCAAAUUAAGGCCCCCCCCCCCCAAUUAAACCUUGCCUUAACGAAGCACUGAGCCUGGA